CUGAACCACAGACCUAUUGGGUCUAGCCUCGGCGGGCUCUUCAGCUCCGCAGCUCUCGCGAGUCGUGGAUGAUGUCCAGCCCUGGAGUAUUGCAGUCUUUCUUGAUUGUCGUCAUCGUCAAUGAUACUUCCGCACGAUAUAACGACAACUUCAAUUUCCACUCACAAACAUGGCUUAUACAACACGGGCAGCUGCUCGAUUACCAGGGACUUCACGGAUCAUCGUCAAACCACGACAAUCAAUCGCAUUGCCUUCACAGGUUCGACAUGCCUCAACAAGGUACAGCUGCAACCUCGACGACGCUGGAAGCCGUACAUCCAAUGCAUCCACCACGCGUUUGAAUGCGCGAGCGAACUACCUUGCGUGGGAAGAGAAGCGACAGUAUCACCUGCGCAGGAUGCGAUUUGCCGGAAUGGGCCUUUUCAUGAGCAUUGCUGCCACAUUCAUGUUGCUAUACAAUAUCGACCUGGAUAAACUUGAACAAUCAGCUGCGAAGAAACGUGCCGGGCAGCAGUUGGAUGCUUCCAGCGAGGCCAAUGAGCAAUUUCAGGGCAAAAAGGUUCACGUCAUCGGUGCAGGCGAAGGGAAGCGAAUCGUAGCCCAUGGGAAGGGCGGAGAUAUCGAACUCAUCGAGACCGGUACCAGCAGUGUGCCUCACUUUCCACGCACAAUUAGUCUCCCAGUGUCGUCAGUCGACCCUUCUACGCAGCCAGCGGCAGGUCCAGCCUCCGGACCUAUCGGUGCCCAAGAAGAAUAUACACUGAUCGGCUUGGGCAUCAGGAGCGUAUCGUUCCUCAGCAUCCAGGUUUAUGUUGUUGGAAUGUACAUCCGUUCGAGUGAUAUCAGCUCUCUUCAGGAGAAAUUAAUUCACAACGUUAAUGGACAGGCAUCCACCUUAAUUCCCUCCGAGAAGGAAAAGCUACGAGAGGUGCUGUUAGACCCUGGCCAGAGCCGGGAGAUUUGGAAUGAUCUCCUACAGGUGCCAGGACUAAAGACUGCUUGGAGGAUUGCGCCAACCCGGAACACGGACUUUGGGCAUCUCCGUGAUGGGUGGAUCACUGGGAUCAGCAAUCGCACACGAGAAGCACGUAGCGCUGCAAAGGGCGCCGAAACAGAAUAUGAUGCCGAGGAUUUUGGCAAAGCUGUUGGCGAUUUCAAGAGUAUUUUCACAGGCGGCAAGGCACCAAAGGGAUCAGUUAUGAUUCUCGCCCGCGACACCACUGGAGACCUUGAUGUGUGGUUUCAGGCCAAGCCGGAUGGAGCUGGUCCAGAGAAGGCUGUACAGAAGCUCGGCACUGUCACGGACGAGAGAAUCUCACGCCUCAUCUGGUUGGGAUAUCUUGGUGGUGAGAAAGUCAGUUCAGAGGCUGCACGCAAGGGAAUUGUAGAGGGUUGUGUGGGAUUUGCUUCGAGACCAAUCGGCAGCGUUGAAACGAUGGUAACGUAAACUCGCCAAAAAAGCUCUUGGGUGUAUUUGUAUCAGAAGUUCUCGACGUUGUGGUGAUAUUUAUCACCCAUCUAUUUAAAUGUAUAAGAACAAGUCAUCAUUCGCUCCG